AUGGCCACUUCUGCUCUACAAAUUGCUGGACUAGUGUUUGGUGGUCUUGGCAUGGUGGGGACACUGGCUGUCACCAUCAUGCCUCAAUGGAGAGUGUCUGCCUUCAUUGAAAGCAACAUCGUGGUUGCUGAAAACAGGUGGGAAGGACUUUGGAUGGCUUGCAUGCGGCAUAUGAACUUCAGGAUGCAGUGCAAAGUCUACGAUUCCCUGCUGGCUCUUUCUCCAGACCUGCAGGCAUCCAGGGGAUUGAUGUGUACUGCUUCGGCGCUGUCCUUCUUGGCUUUCAUGACAGCCAUACUCGGCAUGAAGUGCACCAGGUGCACUGGAGACAACAAGAAGGUGAAGGGUUACAUCCUGCUAACGGCUGGAAUUAUCUUCAUUGUCACAGGCAUUGUAGUGCUCAUCCCUGUGUGCUGGGUCGCCAAUUCCAUAAUCAGAGAUUUCUACAAUCCAAUACUGGAUAUUGCACUGAAGCGUGAGCUCGGAGAAGCCCUGUACAUAGGCUGGGUCACUGCAUUGGUGUUGAUUGCAGGAGGAGCACUCUUCUGUUGCAUGUUUUGUUGCAAUGAAAAGAGCAGCAGUAACUACAGAUACUCAGUACCCUCGCAUCGCACGACCCAAAAAAGUUAUUACACGGGUAGGAAGUCACCGAGUGUGUACUCCAAAAGUCAGUAUGUGUAG